AUGGCAUUUACAAUCAAUUCACCACUUCCUGCAAGCUUGGCUUCUGAAUGUAGAAAAGCAGCUCGUAUCUUGAAUAGUUUCACAGAUAAUGGAAAAGGUGUGGAUAUUAUAAUUCCAGCUAAUAUUUUAAGAGAUGCGAAAGGUUUAGCAAUAUUUACCGUCUUGAAAGCGGGGUUUCUAUUCUCUGGUAGAGCUGGUUCUGGUCUUGUGGUUGCAAAAUUACCAGAUGGAAGAUGGUCAGCUCCAUCAGCUAUUAUCACAGGUGGUAUGGGUUUCGGUGGUCAAAUCGGCGCAGAGUUAACAGAUUUUAUUAUGGUCUUGAAUACUUCAGCUGCUGUCAGAACAUUUAUGCAUCAUGGUUCAAUUACACUCGGUGGAAAUAUUUCAGUGGCUGCUGGACCCAUCGGAAGAAAUGCAGAAGCUUCUGGAACGGCUUCGAUUAAAAAUAUAGCAGCUGUUUAUUCUUAUAGUAAAACAAGAGGUUUAUUUGCAGGUGUAUCAUUAGAAGGAUCUGUGAUUAUUGAACGAUUUGAUGCAAACAAAAAGAUGUAUGGAGGCAAAGUACAAACACGAGAUUUAUUAAAUGGUACAAUUCCACCUCCUGCAGCAGCAGAUCCACUUUACCGUGCACUAGAAUUAAAAUCAGGCGGUAGUGGUCGAAGAGGAUAUAUAGAUCAUGACUAUGAUCGUAAUUAUGAUAGUUAUCGUCAUCAUUCAUAUAACAGAUAUGAUGAUACACCUAACAGUAGAAGAACAAGUGAUUUAGAUGACUUUAACGCAUCUCCCAUGUCAUUUAGUCGUGCUGCUGUACAUAAUUUAGCUAAAACGGGUAAUAGUUCUAGCUUAAGAACAAGAGGAAAUGAUAAUUGGAGACAUGAUUAUGAUGCGCCAAAACCAAUUACGGCUGGUCAUUCAUCUUUAAGUCAAUCUUUAGUUUUAUCAAAUAAUACACAACAACAGCAGCAGCUUCGAGCUCGUGCUUUAUUUAAUUUUGCAGGUGAACAAGAGGGUGAUUUACCAUUUCAUAAAGGAGAUAUCAUUACUAUUAUUAAAAAAUCAGAUACACAAAAUGAUUGGUGGACUGGAAAAAUGGGAAAUCGUGAAGGCAUUUUUCCUGCUAACUUUGUCGAAUUAUUAUAA